AUGGCUCACGAAAACAUGUUGGUCCACAUGAGCCAAUCCUAUAUAGAUUCCAAAACUAUUUCAGAUGCAAGAUUACCAGGAGCAUUGACGUUAUCGUCGAGAUAUCACGUUGUAAAUCGUCUAGCGGAUGAUUUCCCUUUGCCUCCUGUUGAUCCUCUUUCUCCUGUUUUACCCGAGGCUUAUUGCUCCUAUCCACCUGGUUCUUCUCCGCCUUCCACCACCAGUCUGCCGACACCGACAUCACCUGGCUUUUCUCCGCCUUCUACCACCAGUCUGCCGCCACCAGCAUCGCCUGCCUUUUCUCCGCCUACCACCACCAGUCCACCAGUAUCAGUAUCACCCACUAUUGGAUCUUACACCCCAUCACCAUCACCGCCAGCAUCAUCUUCUUCUUCCUCCUAUCCUACGCCACCUUUCUCUUAUUCUACUCCUUCCACGCCACCCACUACUACCACCCCAGGCUCACCCGCCACCUAUCAACCCAGCCCUGUUAUGAGCCCUCCUUAUAAUUUUGAACCCAGCCCACCAACAUUCUCAUUUCCUUCUCCUACAGGGUUCAUACCUGCCCCACCUCUCUUUGAACCACCAGUUGUGUACCCUCCUCCGACAGGACCACCACCUGCUCAUAGUGAGCCAGAGUCUGCACUAUGGUGUGUGGCAAAACCUUCAGUUCCAGAUCCGAUCAUUCAAGAAGCCAUGAACUAUGCUUGCGGUUCUGGAGCCGACUGUGAAUCACUGCAGCCAAAUGGAGACUGCUAUCAGCCCGACACAUUGUUUGCACAUGCUUCUUAUGCAUUCAAUAGUUACUGGCAAAGAACAAAAGUGGCUGGAGGUACCUGUGAAUUUGGCGGCUCCGCCAUGCUUGUCACCGUUGAUCCAAGUUAUGAUGGGUGCCAUUUCAUCUACUUCUAAUUGGGAGUUCCAUUUACAUGAUUAGAGAUAACUUUUUGUAAGUAACAAAGUGAAAUAGAGAUAGAAUAUAUAUUCAUAUCUCAAAAAUAUGAUUUGGGGUUUAGAGUACAUAUAUACUCUAUUACUAUGUCUUUGAAAUAAAUGUAAUGGAAGUUGUGAACAGUGACUCUUGUGAGAAGUAUAAAUGUUAUGUUCUUUUUAGACAUUUUGCAAACUAAUAAAUUGCUAACUCUGAAAAGGUUUAAAAUUUCAAUAUAAGGGUCGUAAAGAUCCAUUGAUACCAUCAAACCAACCUGAAACUAUCCAGAUG